AUGCCGGCAGACAAAGGCAACGCCACAGUCGUCAUGUACAGGAAGGAUUACAAUAGCAAAAUCCAGGACCUCCUGCACACCUCAACGUACACCAAAAUAAACAAGGACCCUACACCUAGAAUUUCCAGAAUAACUAACCAGCUUAUUAUACAAGCUAACCUCUCGCCAGAAAUUUCCAAAUCCAUUACCUCGACAGAACCACAACCACCUAAACUUUAUGGACUACCAAAAAUCCACAAAGACAAUAUUCCUUUACGUCCUAUAGUCAGCGCCAUCAAUUCACCUACACACAAUCUAGCCAAAUACCUCUGUCGUGUUCUGCAACCGCUUACAGGCAAUACUUCAUCACACAUCAAAAAUUCCACCGACUUCGUCAAGAAGAUCAAUAAUAUCAGAGUUCUUCCUCAAGACAUCCUUGUCAGCUUCGACGUUGAGUCACUAUUCACCAGCAUCCCAAUUCCAGAAACUUUAGACAUCAUCCGUAAUACCAACUUAAUCCCUUCGAACUUAAUCCCACUCAUAGAGCACUGCCUCACCUCCACGUACUUCACUUACCAAGGUGAAUUCUACAGACAGGAAAUAGGCGCAGCAAUGGGUUCACCCAUCUCACCAGUGGUGGCGGACAUUUUCAUGGAACACCUAGAAAAAACCAUUCUAGAGAAUGCUCCAGCCAAACCCACGGCCUGGUUCCGAUAUGUGGAUGACACUUUUGUAAUAUGGAGACAUGGUAGAGAGGCACUAAACAGUUUCCAUAACUUCAUUAAUUUGAUACACCCAUCUAUCAAGUUCACAGUCGAAAUAGAGAAGAACCAGCAAAUCCCUUUCCUGGAUGUCCUGGUAAACAGAAAACACAACGGCACUCUUGGACAUAAAGUAUACCGAAAACCUACUCACACAGACAGAUAUCUACAAGCUUCUUCACACCAUCAUCCAUCCCAAAAGGUAUCGGUCAUUUCUUCCUUAAUCACCAGAGCAGUCUCAAUUUCAGAACCAUCCUCUCUUCAACAAGAACUCACCAACGUAAAAACAGCUCUAAUUAAGAACGGCUACACUACACCUCAGAUCAACCGCACAAUGCGCAAAAUAAUCAAUACACCAGGGAAUAACAGACAGGAUUUCGCGGGUUCUCAAAAAAUAUAA